AUGGCACGAUUUGCUUCCGCAUCCUGGGCAACGGCCUUGGUCUCGUGCCUCGCCAUCAUCAAUACCAUAAUACCAUCCGUUGCAGCGCAGGACACGCGAACGAUAUCUGGCACCAAUGCAGACGGCGUCACUCAGACACUAUUGGUAGACCGUACGCCAGCACUGUUUACUGGAGACUUUGGAGAUUGUAUGGGAGGGAACAGCUUGAUGAACAUCACGUCUUUCGACGCAGCCUACUAUGCCGAUAACAUGACGGUGCUGUUCAAUUUGGCGGGAACCAGUAACUUGUUGAAUCAAUCCUUGAUGUUGCACAUCUCAGUCCAAGCUUAUGGAGAAGACCGUUUCGAUUUCCUCUGGAACCCUUGCAAUGCAAACUUUGCUAGUCUUUGCCCCCUCAAUGCCAGUGUCCCUAUCUUUGGACAGGCUAGUAUUCCUGUUUCCACGCAAGAUGUGUCUGCUAUUCCCAAUAUCGCUUUAGCAAUUCCCGACUUUGAAGGAUCUGCCGUUCUGCGACUAUUCUCAAAUUCCUCACAAACGCAAAUUGCAUGCUUCAAUGCUGUCAUGAGGAACGGAGCCAGUUUCUCACAUCCAGCCGCAGUAGGGUCCGCUCUUGGUGUUUUCACACUUUUUGCACUCAUAGCAUCCUUCUUCACGGCUAUCUAUGGUGUCAGCGUUCCACAUAUUCGAACGCACUACGCUCACUCCCUCUCCGUAUUAGUUAUCUUCGAAGUUUUCCAUUCAAUAUUCUUCUCUGGAGCACUGUCACUCAGCUUCCCAAGCGUUCUUCCCGCUUUCUGGUCUAAUUUCGCCUGGUCGGCAGGGAUGAUCUACACGGAUAGCAUUAUCAAAUCACUGAAUGGUUUUACAGGCAUAUCUGGGAAUUCCAGUCAAGUUGGUGGAGCAGGAUCUGUCACAUUGAGUACCAGUGGAGGUUUAACACAGCAGAUUUACGGACGCUCCAUCAGCGGAACAGCUGGUUCAGCACUCGUGGAAAGAGGAGAAGAACUUGCGUCACACAUCUACAAGCGAGCGAUUAACGAAACGGAAAACGCUAAGCUGUACGACUGGGCAGGUGUUCCCGUUUCCCCUGGUCUUCCAUUACCGGGAGACUGGACGGGAUUUCCAGGGACUCUUGCACAGGUCGAUAUUCCCGCGGCGGAUGCUUUCAUGGUUGGCUUUCUCUGGCUGCUCAUUUUGAUUGCCAUUCUUGUCGGCGCUGUGGUCGCAUUCAAGUGGAUUCUCGAGGGCUUGAGCGCCAUCAAAUUCAUCAAACAGGAUCGUCUCGCUCUUUUCAGAAGUCAUUGGCUCGGAUUCCUUGGACUUGUCGUCCUUCGAACGCUCUUUAUCGCCUUCUUCAUGAUCAUGACCCUCUGCCUCUACCAAUUUUCUUACGGAGGAAAAGCUGGGCCCAUCGCCAUCGCCGCCAUUGUGUUCCUGAUCUUCUUCGUAGGCACACUCGGUGUUUCUGCUUAUGCCUGCUUCUACCGAGCGAAAUUCAGCAAAUUGGACAACGCUCCAGCGCGGGUUGAACAACCGCAACGUAAAAAGAAGUCGAAAUGGUACAGAUCUGCCAAGUCAUCCAGCACUGAUGACGGAUCGAAGAGUGGGUCAGAAGGUUCACUAUUCGGUCUUAAUUUUUUAGGAAGGGAUGCUGAAAAAGAGAGUGUUCACGAUGACACAAACUACAGCAAACGCUUUGGGUGGCUCACAGCUCGCUACAGACGUUCAAGAUGGUGGUUCUUUGCCUUCUGGGUCGUGUAUCAAUUCGUCCGAGCUUGUUUCGUUGGUGGUGCUCGUGGCAGCCCAAUGGCACAGGUUAUUGGCUUAUUCGCCUGGGAGCUGAUUUCCUUUGCCGUCAUUGUCAAAAUCAAUCCAUUCGAAGGAUCUCGAAACACCGCACUCGCAGUUUGGAUGCUUGGUAUCAGUAAAGUUGCCACUGCAGGACUAUCGAUCGCUUUCUUACCCAACUUCAAAGUUGCCCGAAUUCCAACUACUGUAAUUGGUGUCAUCAUCAUUGUCAUUCAGGGAUUCUUGGUCAUUGGUGUUCUUAUUUUGAUGGUUUUGGGCUUCAUAUCAAGUUACAUGUCGGUCAUGCGCAACCGCGAGGAAUUUAGACCUAAGGGCCUUGCGAACGUUCGCCUCAAGUACUUUGGUCAUCUUGAGCAGAAAGCCACUGGUCUGCCACCGCCACCUCCACCGGAACCAGAGGAGCCUAAAGAACCAUACUUUAGCGUCAAAACGGUUCGCCGAGCGCCAAAGAUCGAGGACGAAGAUGUGGAUGACUUUGUCCCAGAUAUGGAAGACCAACAUCCAACCGUGUCUCAAUUCUCGUUCAACAACCGAACAAGCCGAGCCAACAGUCUUGCAAAUAGUACACGAAGCCAUGGAUCUGUGUAUGGAAAUGUUCCUUAUGGUGCUCGUGUCCACCGUGCGAGUUGGAGUUCCAGGGAGUUCCAGAACUUCAAUCCAGAUGAGUUGAGAAGGGGGGAUUCGCCUCUCGAGACACCACCAAGGGUGUCAAGUGCUCACCAUACGGCAAACAAUUCGGUAUCGAGGACCCCUCUUAUGCGACCUGUUCGUUCGCAGAGUAGUCUUCGUCAAGCUACCAAUUCCCCGCCUCAAGGCAGGUAG